AGCUAACUACCCACGACCUUCAGCUGCAUUUCAGAACAGAAUAUUCACCCUCAUUGUGAUCUGUUCAAAACUGAGCAUUGCUGAAUAAGCAGAAAAUUAGUAGUGAAAGCCUCAGUGUUCGUGUGGAAAGAGAAGAAAUGAGAAGUUUCCGAUUUCUCUCACUUUUGUUGCUUUUCUUCAUCUUUACUCAAGCAAAUACACAUGGAGGGAAGAAAAAAGAGGCACUGGGGUCACAGCAUCAGCACAUUAGAAUAAAGAAAAAUCAACCCAGCUCAGCAACCAAAUUUCGACUCUAUACAGACACAACUGAAGAAGGCUGUCUGAUUUUGUUUGAUCAGUUGGAAACGCUUGAUAAAUGCAGUUUCAAUACCUCUCUUCCUCUGGUGAUGAUAGUCCAUGGAUGGUCGGUAGAUGGAAUGUUAGAAGGGUGGAUCUGGAAGAUGGUAGCAGCCCUGAAAUCUCAGCAUAAACAAACAAAUGUGAUUAUUGCAGACUGGCUUACACUUGCUCACCAGCAUUACCCGAUAGCAGCACAGAAUACACGCCAUAUAGGGCAAGAGAUAGCCGGUUUCCUGGAAUGGAUGGAGGAAUCUGUUCAAUUUUCCAGAAGCAAUGUUCAUCUAAUUGGGUACAGCCUAGGAGCUCAUGUUUCAGGGUUUGCUGGCAGUUAUAUUAGUGGCACAAACAAGAUUGGAAGAAUUACAGGCCUUGACCCCGCUGGUCCUUUGUUUGAAGGAAUGUCACCAACAGACCGUUUAUCUCCAGAUGAUGCAAACUUUGUAGAUGCAAUUCAUACAUUUACUAAACAGCACAUGGGUCUCAGCGUAGGGAUCAAGCAGCCAGUGGCACAUUUUGACUUUUAUCCCAAUGGAGGCACCUUUCAACCUGGCUGCCACAUCAUGCAUGUGUAUAAUCACAUUGCACAGUAUGGAAUCACUGGGAUCACUCAGACAGUGAAAUGUGCACAUGAGAGGUCGGUUCAUCUGUUCAUUGACUCUCUACUGCAUGAUGAUAAGCAAAGCAUGGCCUACUGGUGCAACGAUAUCCACACCUUUGACAAAGGAAUGUGCCUCAGUUGUAGGAAAAACCGGUGCAACACCCUGGGCUACAACAUCAGAAAGGAGAGGCUCCAGAGAAACAGACGGCUCUUUUUGAAAACACGAGCACAUGCGCCUUUCAAAGUUUACCAUUAUCAAUUCAAGAUACACUUCAUCAAUGAAAUUCAAGAGAAGCAGGUAGAACCAACUUUUACUGUCUCUCUGACAGGCACUAAAGAAGAUGCUGAAAAUCUCCCCAUCACACUCGUUGAAGGCAUUACAGGAAAUAAAACCUAUUCCUUUCUCAUCACUCUGGACAUCGACAUUGGUGAGCUAAUGAUGAUCAAAUUCAAAUGGGAAGGAACUGCAGUUUGGGAAAAUAUCUGGGACACAGUUCAAACGAUCAUCCCCUGGACAAAGGGCAACCGUCGACCAGGACUUAUUGUAAAGACAAUAAGAGUCAAAGCAGGAGAAACACAGCAAAAAAUGACGUUUUGUUCUCAAAGUGUUGACAACGUGCACCUGCAUCCAGCCCAAGAGAAAACUUUUGUGCGGUGUCCAAACAGCUCUCGGAGACUAAAGAGAAAAUUCAGAGUAACAAGAACAUGAACAGAGCUGCCCAUCAAGCAUUAGUAAAAUCCCACAUACCUACGACAAUAGUUCAAACAUUUUAAAUAUACCAAGUUUAACAAAAAAUAAUGUACACUGACAGUUCCAGAGGGAACAAGACAAAAAUCAAAAUUUUAUUUUAUUUUUGGGAUAUAACAGUAUACUGAAAUAUGCAUUUUAUUUGUCCUUAAAGCUGUUCCCAAACAGAUCAGCUUGCAAUUUCUUAGCCGAUAUCAUGUGUUUAUAUCUAAAUUGCUUUGAAAUGUGGGAAGAUAAAAACCUGCUCAGUGGAAAUGCAAACAUGAUUACUUCAAAAGACUCUUGCUAAAAGCUGACGUUGAACGCAGGGCAGAUUUCUUGUUGCUGACUCUU